GGAGAUAACACCAGAGAAGAAGAAGAAGAAGAAGAGGAGCGCACGAAGCUGAGAGAAACAAACAACGUAGGUGGAUUUUGAGACGAAUCACCUGUGCUUCUUCAAACGCAAACACAGAGAAGAGAUUACAAGAACAAACACAAACGAGAAAAAAAAAAAUCUGAGAGCGAGAGAGAGUGUUGGUGGUAUAAUCUGGGAUAUAGACGAUCUGGGAUUGGUCUUGUUUUUGGAGACUCGGCUUGUUCUCUACAUAUUUUCUCAGGGAUUGUUCUUCGCUUUCUUCCUUCGUUCUUCAUGCAAUUUUCUUACAGCAUGGACAAAGACGAGAAAACCCAGAUAGCAAAUAAAGCAUUAGAGUCAGAUUUUUUCUUGCAGUGGGGGAAUAAAAAGAGGCUUAGAUGCGUGAGAGUACGAGGCCCUGAAAUUAUCUCGCAGAGAUCCGAUGGUGUCUUUCGCAGGAAAAUCACAACUCGUAUUGAUAGACGCAUCGUCUCUCCUGCUACUGAGAAGGAAGCGUCUCAUCCUCAAUCCAAUCGUCUUACCAGGAAUUCUGAGGCAGCAACACUCCGGUCUAGUAUGACUGAGAACCGGAAAUCGGCAUCACCGGAAAAAGAAGACAGGUAUUACACUACAAGAGGUUCAAUGGGUGUGGAUGAGAAUGGGAAGGUUUCAAUUGAUGGUAACAAUGGAGAGGACAAAGGACACGUUUGGCCAAAGCUAUAUAUCACACUGUCAAGCAAAGAAAAAGAGGAGGAUUUUAUGGCUAUGAAAGGUUGUAAGCUUCCUCAACGGCCUAAAAAGAGAGCCAAGAUUAUCCAAAGAAGCUUACUUUUGGUGAGCCCUGGGGCUUGGUUGACUGAUAUGUGCCAAGAGAGGUAUGAGGUGAGGGAGAAGAAGAGCACUAAGAAGAGACCCAGAGGACUGAAGGCCAUGGGAAGCAUGGAAAGUGAUUCAGAAUGAGAGAUUGUCACAUUAAAGCAAAAGCAGCAGCGGCAGAGACUUUUUAUCUUUAGAAAUUUUUGGAAUUUUUGCUUGGAGAUGAUGAUAAUGUGUUUGAUAGAAUGGGAAAAGAGAGGGUAGCAAGAAUUAAGAAAGAAGUCUCUGCUUUGUUUGUUCGUUUGUUGUUUGUACAGUUCUAAGCUUCAUUUUUAUCAAUGAGAAAAUAAUUCUUUUUCUCAUUUA